UCAGCUCAGUCAAAACAUCAAUAUGACAUCAAUUAUCAAUUGAAAACAAAUUAUCAUCAUUCACGGUUUUCAUAACAGUUCAGGCUUCAAAAAAUCCAGGGGGAUGGCGGACGAAAACUCUUGGAGGACGAGUGCCUUCCGGCAGAGUGUUGUUGCUAAAAUUGAUGAAGCCAUACGUUCUUCUGGCAUGAACAACGUCCCGAAAUAGCCUGGAAAUGGAGAGCCACGUCUUCCAGAGGCUAAGAAUAAGGAAGAGUACCUUGGUUUUGUCGCCAGACUCAUUCUCCAUGUGAGGGAAUGAAGCCCAAACAAGCUGGAGGAUGCCAGUCCUGGGCAGGGUCAAGGUGCUCCUGGGAUGCCUGAUCCGAUCAACGCCUUACAAAAUCUAGCGAGCCAAGGCACCCGCAACCCCAUGAUGAACAUGGGGCCCCAACCAGGGCAGAUGGGAGGCCCCCAACAGGCCCCGAACGCCAACUUGUUACAGACUAUCAAUCGGGGACCUGGACAACAGUUGAUGAUGGGGAAUAUGCCGGGUAAUAUGCCUGGCAUGCAGGACCCUCAAAAUAUCGGCAUGCCCCCAAAUGGCAGCCCAAUGGGCGGCAACCAGAUGGUGAGCCAGGUAGCAAACCAGAUCCGUCUUCAGCAGAUGCAGAACGCCAGCAUGGCCCAAAUGGGCAACCAAAUGCCGGGCCAUUUGGCCAAUCAAAUGCAGGGAGGAGUGCCCAAUCAAUGCCUGGACAGAUGCCCGGACAGAUGCAGAUGGCUGGAGCUAUGGCGAAUCAGAUGCAGAAUCAAAUGAUGGGCGGCAUGCCUCCGAUGCAACAGCAAAAACCGCCGCCUCCCCAACAGCAGAUGCUGAUGAACCAGAUGGGCGCGGCCAAGUUUCCAAGGCGGCGGACCGCAAGGGCCCCCCCAGAUGUUCCAGCAGUCUCCGUCACCGUCGGUGCAGUCUCCGGCUGGUAGCGGCGGUUAGUCGGGCAGCCGCCGUGGCCAGUCCGGCCUGGCGCCGUCGCCGGGAAUGGG